GCUUAUUCCAGAAGACGCCCUCGAUCUCGCACGCGGUCGUGGGGCUACGCGUUGUUGGUUGAUGAAACCACAGGUACACUCACUGUCCACUCACUGGACGGUACAGCCUCACCUCGCCUCACCUCGCCGCCCUCACCCAUGUCCCAUGUCCCAUGUCCAUUCCGCCUCGUCGACAUAAAACGCUCCGGUAUUCGUCGCCUUGCUUUCGCACUCAACUCGGGGGAUGCCUGUAACGCCCCCCUCCCCCCUAGCUACUCAACAACUAGGUUGCCUCGAACGUCUUGGUCUACUUCAAAACAGGGCUUCUCCCUCCCCAGGAGACUUGUUUGGCACUUGGUCCCAACAAGUCUCGAUUUGUUUUCCGCGCACUGCGCUCUACUCUCCAUUGCUGGUCACUGCUCAUCACUGCUCGGUACUGCUCAUCAUCAUUUCGGGGCAAACAAACUCGUCGCGGCAUCAUCAUUCAGUCAUCAUACGGUCGCUCAGCCGCUUGCAAAGUACCUACGCAAGCGCGUGGCCGACCUUCCUACUUAUGCUUACUCAAACAAGUUUCCUGCCAAGGAGAGAGAAACAAUCAAAUCGACCACACAAUGUUUGAGAUUUGGCAAGCGCCUUCUCUCGUGUUCCAGAAAAUGCCCUUAUCCGCCAUUCUAGCCAGUGCUGAACUUUCCCCUCCCCGAAGCCAUGCUCCGUCAAACAUAAAAAGCCCAAGGACAACACCAACUAGAAGAAGCCUUCGACAUGACUGUGAAGCACCGCUCAUGGGCUGGCAGAAUAUCUGGGAAUGUCAUGAGCUCGUGAGAGAGGAAGUUUAUAUAUGUUACCGUGUGUCCACCAACUGUUUCGCCGCAAGGCCGGCCUUUUAUAUCUUUCCUUUGAAAUCAUCCUUUUCCUG